UUGGCCAAAGAGCGCUUUCGCUGUUCAUGGAGGUCUAGUACUGCUGGGUUAGUGCUGCUGCGAGCCUGGCUAAAGGAACUCUUUUGACCAAUACCACCGAAAAAAAAUGGGCUGCGAAGACGAAGUAAUGAAAAUCGCCAAGCGUUUGGACAAAAUGGCCUCUGGCUCCAGCGACGACCAGACGCAAGCUUUGGAUCUCCUCAAGAAUCUGCAAGAGCUGCCAAUCACGUUGGAGAUCCUCCAGCGGACGCGCAUUGGCAUGACAGUCAACUCAUUACGCAAGUCAAGUAACGAUGAAGAAGUAAUCACAUUGGCCAAGGUUCUCAUCAAAAGCUGGAAGAAGCUGCUUUCGGGGACACCCAGCUCCAAGGAGGCCCCUGCCAAGGAGCCUGAGCCCAAGCCAAGUGCAUCUGCCAAGCACUCAGCAGCAGCUGCUGGCAGGCCCAAUGCCAAGCAGACCUCCUUCCCCGCUGACACCACAAAUGCUGUGCGGCUCAAGUGCCGUGAACUUCUGAGUAGUGCACUCAAGUGUGAGGAUAUGCCUGAAGAUUGCGACGUGGACGGCCUGGCAGCCAAGAUUGAGGAAAGCAUUUAUAACGAAUUUGGUGAUACAAACAAUAAAUACAAGAACCGGGUGAGAAGCCGUGUCUCCAACCUGAAGGACAGCAAGAAUCCUGCCCUGCGGCUUAACGUGCUGCAUGGUGCUAUUGAACCUGAGCGCAUUGCCCGAAUGACUGCUGAGGAGAUGGCGAGUGAUGACAUGAAGCAGCUGCGGCAACGCCUGACCAAGGAGGCCAUCAACGACCACCAAAUGGCGACGACUGGCGGUACCAAGACUGACCUGCUCAAAUGCGGCAAGUGCAGGAAGAACAAUUGCACCUACAAUCAGGUGCAGACACGCAGCGCUGAUGAACCCAUGACCACUUUCUGCUUCUGCAAUGAGUGUGGCCACCGGUGGAAGUUUUGCUGAACCCUGGACGACGGUGGACACAUCUGAAUUGGCCAAACAAGCCACAGUGUUUGGCCAACGCAGCGUAUCUCAGUUCAUUAUGACUCUUUUUCUUCCCUGCUUGAGUCAUGUUGCAUGCUCAAACGACACCUGCAUCAUCUGAAAAAGAAAAGAAUUAUGCAGUGUUUCAUCCAGAAAAUGAAAAAGAACAGCUGUUAUGCCCCUUCUCUCAUCAGUAAAGCUGAACAUCCAUUGUGGAGGCCCACAAGAGUUCUGGCUCUUGAAUACCCAUACGCUUGCUUGGAAAGCGCCCAAGCCGCACUUGUGAAAGCAAACCAAAAGUUAAAGCCAGCCCCAAACAGCAAAACGAAUGAGUGUUAGAAAGUGAAGCAAAAUGUGUCCUUCUUUGAAACCAUAGUGCUUCUGACCGGACCAUACCAAAGCAGUUGAAUUUUGGGCCACAUUGUUAAGUCCUUUGCGUCCAAAAAAAAAACUGGUCGCUGUAGGCUGUUCUCAUUUCGAGAACAGUUGGGGAAUGGUUUCUGUAGAUAGCAGUCAAGGACACCACAGUGUCACUCCUUCUUUUGUCUUUAGCACCCUCAGCUGAACCACUUAUUAAUUGUUGUUGUACUGUAAGAAGCUUGUUAUGAUUUUCACAUGCUUGUCAAAUCAUCCCGGCACCAUUCAGUAAUAUAGUUAUGUACAUUACUUUAUUUGUGUGUGUGUUUUUGUGUUGAGCAUGGCAAUUCUUUAAAUUAUUCGGCUUGCAUGCAGUGAUAGUUACUACAUCCAUCUUACUUUAUUCACGGUACGUACAGCUCUUCUGUUGCACUAUUCUACACAUGGCAGCCACAUUUAUGAAGGGCAGGGUUCCACAUUAGAAGCACCAGCACCGGAAAAGUGCUUCGUCCUCUGACGUGUUAGCUUGGAGCAGCUGAGAACAGUGUCACACAGAAAGUUGCCCUCACUCAUUGCUGUUUACCAGCAAGCAUCAAUCAAAACAAUGAUGUAGCAGGUGCUUGCACAGCAUGAUGUCUCAUUUGUUUAUUCUUUUUAUGGUGAUGCAAAAUUCUGACCCACAUCCAUGACUUGUCUGAAUAAAGCAUAAAAUUUGUGCACACGA